GCGCUCCAGGCUUGAGAAAGAAGUGGAGGAGAAGCUGCGGCCAUCUGCAGCUGCCUUCGAGCGAGAUGCGAGGGCAAAGCUCGAGAGGGAGGCAGAGGAUCGUGUCAGAAGCACGCUUCAUGAAGUUGAGAAGGCUCUUCAGGAAAAGUUCGAGAAGGAAGUGGAAAGCAAGGUGCGCCUCACGCUUCCCGACGUGGAGCGGCGCCUGCGAGCGGAGCUCGAAGAGCAAGCUCGCUCGCGAGUGUCGGCAGAUGGGGGCCGUCUCGAGAGGGAGGCGCAGGACUCCUUGCAGAAGGAGGCAGAAGAGAAGACCAGGAGAAUGCUCCCGGAGAUGGAAAGGGAGGCUCGCGCGAAGCUUGCUAAGCAGGCGGAGGAAGCGGCCGCCUCUGCGUUGCCGGAGCUGGAGCGGCAGGCUCGAGAGAAGCUGGUGGUCGAGGCGGAGGACAAAGUGAGGGCAACGGCAGCUGCAAGCAUCGAGAAGGAGAUUCGAGACCGACUCAGGAAGGAAGCCGAGGAGCGAAUCAAAGCUGAGCUUCCUGAGAUUGAGCGACAAGCCCGCGAACACUUCAUGGCUCAGGGCCCGCCACCGCCUGCGCCGAUGACUCCGGUUGCCCCGGUCGAGCCUCCUGUCGCC